CUCUCGGAGGACCCCCUGUGUGUCUGGAUGAGGCUCCCCCGGCUCUCAGCGCUGCUCUGCGGUCAGUUUGGAGCCUUCUCCCGGCCCCCUCCGGGUGUCGUCAGCCGCUCUCAGACCGCCACUGCUCCGCCCCGGAGGAGGAGGAGGGAGAGUUUCGCGGCAAAAUCAAGUGAGGUCACACGGACACACAGCAGCAACAGAGACAGUAGAGUCAUGCCGUCCAACGUGGAGAUCAAAGCCAGAGUGAGCGACCCGGCGCGUUUCGGCGAGAAGGCCGCCGAGCUCAGCCAAUCAGAGGGCACGAUCAUCAGACAGCACGACACGUUCUUCAACUGCAGCCAGGGACGCCUGAAGCUCCGAGACUUCAUGAACGAGUCGGGCCAGCUGAUCUUCUACGAGCGUCCCGACACCGACGGACCCAAACUGUCCCGAUACUCCAUCAGUCCCACCAACGACCCGACCAGUCUGAAGACCGUGCUGUCAGAUGCUCUGGGGGUCAAAGGUCAGGUGCGUAAGGAGAGACGUCUGUUCCUGAUUGGUCAGACCAGAGUUCACCUGGACACAGUGGAGGGGCUGGGGGACUACAUGGAGCUGGAGGUGGUGAUGCGUCCGGAGCAGACUGUUGAAGAGGGACAGAAGGUGGCCGAGGAGCUGAUGGAGAAGCUGGGCGUGUCUAAGGAGAGUCUGGUGACGGGAGCCUACAUGGACCUGAUCCUGAAGGGACACAAGGAGACAUAAACAAACAGACAAACAAACAAACAAACAGAGACAAUAACAACAGAGUGUCAGGUUACAUUCACACAGUGAGUAGAAUAAACAACAGAAACGUUCUGUCUCCAAUAAAUCAGUUAUUAGAAUCAUCUCUAGUUUAUUUGCACUAACAAUCAGAAAAACUGAUUAAAACAGAAUCUUUGUAUUUAGUUGUUGACUGACUUUGUGAUUAAUUGAUAUGAAAAACUUCUUUUCUAAAUAAAUGAACUAAAACUGA